AUGGCCAGCGACAGCAAGGACACCAAGGCCGACGAAUCGAUGGGAUGCAAUCUGGACCCCGCCAAGGCGAAGGAGAUUUCCUUCGUCAUGAGCGAGUCCCAAGACUUCAGAAUGUUCACGAUCGACCCUCCGACCGGCAAGUCCUUCGCUCCCGGCUUCAAGCACACGACCGCAUCGUACUACGCCAACUUCACUGGCGAUAUGGAGGGCUGGGCCUCGUUCAACAACGUCAUGUUCGCUCUCAGUACGAUUCUGCCAGCUGACAGCAGGACCAUCACCGGCUGCGACGAGGACAAGGAUGAGGACAAGGCUGCCGAGAAGGCCUAG